UGGGCGGCCGCCGUCACCACCGCCGGCCGGGGCAACGUGAGCGACAAGGUGGUGGUGGAGCCCGCUGGGAAAGCGCCUGCUAAGAUCCUGUCGUUCGGCGGCACCGUGACCACGCCCUGGAUGAAGGAGGUCCGUCUGCCCUGCAGCUCUGUGGGAGAACCCACGCCCACCGUCAAGUGGACCAAGGAGAGUGAGGAUUCAGCCGCCCCGGUUGCACUGGACAAGGAGCGGGUGAUCUUAUCCAACGGGACGUUGGUGCUGCGCUCAGUGAAAGCAGAGGAUUGUGGGUACUACACCUGCACAGCCACCAACACGCUGGGCUUUGACACCAUCAUCGUCAACCUGGUGGUGCAAGUGCCGCCUGACCAGCCCCGUCUCACAGUCUCCACCACCUCCACCUCCUCCAUCACCCUGGCCUGGAUCCCUGGGGACAACGGGGGGAGCUCCAUCAGAGGCUUCGUGCUGCAGUACUCGGUGGACAACACGGAGGAGUGGCGCGACGUGUUCAUCAGCUCCAGCGAGCGCUCCUUCCGGCUGGAGAACCUGCGCUGCGGCACCUGGUACAAGGUGAAGCUGGCCGCCAAGAACAGCGUGGGCUCUGGGCGCAUCAGCGAGAUCAUCGAGGCCAAGACCCACGGACGAGAGCCCGUGUUCACCAAGGACCAGCCCCUGCUCACCCACAUCAACUCCAGCCACGCGGGCCUCAACCUCCAGGGCUGGACCAGCGGGGGGUGCCCCAUCACCGGCCUGCUGCUGGACUUCAGGCCCAAGGGCACGUGGGCGUGGCAGACGCUGAAGGCCAACGCCACGGGCCCGCUGGUCCUCAGCGAGCUGCGCGAGGCCACCUGGUACGAGCUGAAGAUGAAGGCCUGCAACAGCGCCGGCUGCGGGAACCAGAGCUCCCAGUUCGCCACCACCGACUACGACGGCAGCACCAUCCCGCCCAUCAAGUCGGCCCGCGGCGACGGCGACGACGUCAAGAAGCUGUUCUCCAUCGGCUCGCCCGUCAUCCUAGUGAGCAUGGGCGUCGCCCUACUCUUCAUCAUCCGCAAGAAACGCAAGGAGAAGAGACUGAAGAGACUCAGAGAUGCAAAGAGCCUGGCAGAGAUGCUCAUCAGCAAGAACAACCGCAGCAUCGACACCCCGGUGAAGGGCCCACCCCAGGGGCCGCGGCUGCACAUUGACAUCCCCCGCGUCCAGCUGCUCAUCGAGGACAAGGAGGGCAUCAAGCAGAUAGGUGAGGACAAAGCGGCGGUACCGGUGACAGACACAGAGUUCAGCCAAUCGGUGAACCCGCAGAACUUCUGUACGGGGGUCUCCCUCCACCACCAGGCCCUCAUCCAGAACUCUGGACCUCUGAUAGACAUGUCGGACAUCCGCCCCGGAACCAACCCGGUGUCCAGGAAGAGCAUCAAGUCGGCCCACAGCUCCAGGAACCGCUACUCCAGCCAGUGGACGCUGAGCAGGCCGGGCCAGAGCCAGUCCACCGCCUCGGCCAGGACCCUCACCUCGGACUGGCGCACCAUGGGCUCUCACGGCAUCACGGCCACCGAGAGCGACAGCUACAGCGCCUCGCUGUCGCAGGACACAGAUAAGGGCCGUAACAGCAUGGUGUCCACGGAGAGCGCCUCCUCCACCUACGAGGAGCUGGCCCGCGCCUACGAGCACGCCAAGCUGGAGGAGCACCUGCAGCACGCCAAGUUCACCAUCACCGAGUGCUUCAUCAGCGACAGCUCCUCGGACCAGAUGACCACCGGCACCAACGACCCGGCCGACAGCAUGACCUCGCUCAGCACGCCGUCGGAGCCCGGCAUCUGCCGCUUCACCGCCUCGCCGCCCAAACCCCAGGACUACGACCGCGGCAAGAACGUGGCCGUGCCCAUCCCCCACCGAGCCAACAAGAGUGAGUUCUGCAACCUGCCCCUCUACAUGAAGUCCGACCCGUUCUUCCGCAAGCAGAGCGAGCUCCAGGACCCGUGCCCGGCCGUGCCCCCCCGGGAGGCGUCCAUCCGCAGCCUGGCCCAGAGGGCCUACCACACACAGGGGCGCCACCUGACACUAGACCCCGCCAAGCAGGCCCUGACGCUGGGCCACUCGGGCCUCAGCGGCCUGGGCCUGGGCUCGGGCACGGCCACGCUGCCCCAGAGGACCCUGGCGGCGACGGCCGCCACCGCCUCCACCUCCAGCACCGGCAGCAACCCCGCCCCCAGCAGCAAGGGGGGCUCCCGGGACUCUCUGCUGGAGAGCUCCACCUCCGCGCUGGGCCGGCUGCAGAAACAGAGCGGGGGGGGCGCGGGGGCCUACUCCAAGUCCUACACGCUGGUGUAGCCCCGGCCCCCCCCCCGCAGCCCCCCCAGGCUCCCUGGUGGACCCCCCCGGGGGCCAGGCAGAGCAUGGCCGCGUCUUCCCGAGACACCGACAGACACCGCGCUGACCCCGCCCCCCCCACCCGGGUCCGACCGCGAGGGGGCCGCCUUCAGCUCAGCGUGGGCCGCGCAGUCGUCGGCAGAGGACCGGGAGCCCCGUCCUUAUUGGUCGAUGCGGUCGGAGCGCCGAUGCUCCGUAGCUAUGGCGACCAAGUCUACUGACCCGUGUGGCCCACACUCACACACACACACACACACGCGCGCGCGCGCACACACACACACACACACACACAUGCACUGUCUCCAUUGCUUGAGCGUUUCUCAAUAUUGACAGGAGUUCUGAUUUAAGUUGCCGGUUUUCAUCUCCUCCUCUUGGCGUUUCUCUCGAUGUCCACAAGAUGCUCUGCUCCUGGAGGUCAAAGUUCGUCUCCCUAAUCCCCCCCCCUUUCCAGCGUGACCCUAUCCGACAGCUUGUCCAAUCAUCAAAACCCAAAUGACAUAGCUAGUAUUUCUCGCAAUACAAAUAGAGAAUAUUUGGUAUUAUAACAGAUUUUACAUAAAUGCAUAUAUAUAUAUUUUUAUGUAGGUAUAUUAUUGACAUCUAACUAAAAUUAUGACAAAGUAUUAAUAGCAUAUACUACGCUAGUGUAGUGGUAUAUAUAUAACAACUUUAACAUUGAAUCUAUUGUUGAAUUUAACAAAGACAAUCGCUCAUUCAUUUAAAGAGCAGUUAUAAAGAAGAGUCUAUAAACAGGAAGUACUGUCUGUUACUGCGUGUUGAUUGGUUCCCUGUCAUGUGAAGACAGGAAGUGCCAAUCUCCACGACCCAAAAGUAGAACCACAGAAAGAUUUCCUCUAAUAAAGAAAAAAGUAUUAAAGACCAGACCGUAUUCCAGCGCAGGUCGAUAGAUAAAUCCAUACAUUUAUUUAUUGACCAAUAUUCAAUGUCAUUAUUGCUGGUGCAGCCACCUGAACUUCCCGUCUGGGAUUAAUAAAACACCAUCUUAUCUUAUACUAUCCUAUGACUCAGCGACUGGUAGCUAUCUGCGUUUUGACCAGUGGUUUCAACUGGUUCACAGCGGUAAUCUUUGCACAGACACGCAGGUGUUUGUGUGGUAAACACGCGUCACGGUAACGGUAACACACGCUACCAACCUCUCUGAUAGACUCUGAGUAGUCAGCCGAAGUAUAGUCACGGACAAGCAGCCGUAGGACUCCCAAUCAUGUGAAGAAACAGGGAUAUGAGUUCUGAUCCAGAUUCUGGUAUAUGAUGUUCUGAUCCAGAUAUUAACCUACUGAUCCAGAUUCUUGUAUAUGAAGUUCUGAUCCAGAUACUAUGAUAAUUAUCCAAAUUCUGGUAUAUGAAGUUCUGAUCCAGAUACUAUGAUGAUGAUCCAGAUUCUGGUAUAUGAUGUACUGAUCAAGAUACUAGUAUAUGAUGUUUUGAUCCAGAUUCUAGUAUAUGAUGUACUGAUCAAUAUUAUAGUAUGCUUUACUGAUCCAGAUACUAUGAUAAUGAUCUAGAUUCUAGUAUAUGAUGUACUGAUCCAAAUACUAUGAUUCUGAUCCAAAUACUAGUAAAUUAUGUACUGAUCCAGAUACUAUGAUACUGAUCCAGAUACUAUGAUACGGAUCCAGAUACUAGUAUAUGAUGUUCUGAUCGAGAUACUAUGAUACUGAUCGAGAUACUAUGAUACGGAUCCCGAUUUUAGUAUAUGAUGUACUGAUCCAGAAGAACUAGUAUUUGUCAGGGAGCUUGGUACAAAAUAUAUAAUGCACUCAGUGGUACUACUGCCCUGUCUAAAGUACUGUCUGUGUUCUCCAUCAUGUACAUGUACUACAUAUAAUGAAGUACUACAUAUAAUGAAGUACUACAUAUAAUGUACAUACUGGGAUGGGUUUUGAAGCGUCUCCAUCAUGUGUUUCUCCUUAUUUAUUCACUCAUCUCCAGCGUCGCUUGUUGUCUUGGUCUGCAUACGGGGGGGUGGGGGGGGGGGGGGGGAUUCACAGUUUUUCUUUAUUUCAUUCAUCAAAUUUCAGUUCUUUAUUCUACAAUGUUUGUUUCAGUGGCCAAACGCUUACAAGGCUGCCAGCCUUGGUACUGCAGUACUCACUACUACUACCAAAUACUGCAAGCCAGUACUGAAAUACUAUGAGCCGGUACUGCAUUGUCACUCUGCAGUACUGCAGUAUUAGCACUACUGCAUUACUACCCACCAUUUUAGCAGUACUACCGACAAUUAUUUCUGCAGUGUUACUCAGUCGUACUGCAGAACUACCCAUCAGUACUGCAGUGUUACUCAGCUGUACUGCAGUAUUACCCAUCAUUACUGCAGUGUUACUCAGCAGAACUGCAGAAUUUCUAAGCAGUACUGCGGUAAUCCCCGCCAGUACUGCAGUAUUACUCAGCAGAACGGCAGUACUCCUGGUCAGUCCUGGGCCCAUUCAAGCCCAGAGAACCAGGAUGUCUCUGAUGUUGUGUAAAUACAGGUUGGCCUCACCGGAAGCCUCUCUCCCCAUCUUCCUCCUUCUGUCCAGCUCAUCCAACGGUUCCACCCUUAACUCCGCCAUCGCUUCCUUGUCAGUGUUGUUUAUAAAAACACGUGUACAUAAAAUACAGUUUUGAAUUAAGAGCUAUUUUCUUCAACCAGGGCAUCUAUCAGGAUCCCGUGCCCCAACGCCAGAAUUUGAGACAAGAUCAAGGAUAUGAUUUUAUUUCAGUAGUGAGCAAAAUGCAUUUUUCUUUCCCUUUAUGUUUUUGAUACUAAUUUGUUGGAUUUUUAUUCUUUUUUUAAAAGGUAUUUUGAUGUUGUCGCUUGUACUAUUUUCCUUUUCUUUUUUUUUUAUAUAAUUUUGUAUUUUUUGUUCAUCCUCAAAAUACGUCAUUGCAUGCUUGCUAAAAGGGAAAUUUGACGGAUAAAAAAAUGUAUGAAAAAGUGAAAUAAAAAAAGAAAAAUGUCGAGGGCCCCGGGAACAUUUGUUUGAGUUGCUUGUUACAGCAGAUGCUUGUGUUCAAACGAACAUUUUAUAUGAAAAGAGACAAAAAAAUAAAAACAUUCUAACACCUUAUGCAAUAAAGCUAUCUUUCAUAUUC